GCGGCACAAAAGCUAACACUGUCAUGGAUCGGAUAUUCCGGGGUAUAAUGAAAUAUAGAGACACGACUCGGAACCGAAUGGUUGAACAAUUUGUCCAAGUAAAAAACAAACCAGAACACUACGACUUUUAAGACAUUAGGCAAAUCAAGCGAGGAUCAGAUGACAUUUUUGUGGGCCAUUACUUUCAUAUCCCCCUUGUAACUGCACCUAGGGCAAAUUAUAAACACAAACUUAUUCAACAAAAUAUAAAAUAAAUCAUUAGAAUAAUAUUUUUACUAAUCGAAAAAUGUCAGAAAUUAACUGCCUUUCUCAGUAAAUAUAUCGACAGAAAUCACCUAAAGCAGUUUUUUUUACAUGUAUGGAUAGUCGAAUGUUGCCAGCGAGAUUCACUGAAACUAAUGUCGGUGAUAUGUUUGUUGUAAGAAAUGCUGGAAAUUUGAUUCCUCAUUCGCAACAUUUCCUUGAUGAAUACACCACCUGCGAACCAGCUGCACUGGAACUUGGAUGUGUUCAUAACGAUAUAAGGCAUGUUAUUGUUUGCGGGCAUUCUGAUUGCAAAGCUAUGAACUUAUUGCACUUACUCAGAGAUACCGAAUUCGCCAGUAUUGACAAUCGCCGUCUAUCGCCAUUACGAGCAUGGCUUUGCACACAUGCCAUUUCUUCUUUGGAGAAAUUUCAACAAUUAGAAACAUCAGGAUUUGAUACGCCACUAGUGUUCCAAGCCGAAACACCUUUGCGGAAAAUUAUCGCCUACAUUGAUCCCGAGAACAAGUUUUCCAUCACUGACAAAUUGUCACAGGUGAAUACUUUGCAACAAUUACAAAACAUCGCCAGCUACGGGUUCCUUAAAAAACGACUAGAGACCUAUGACCUACACAUUCAUGCCCUAUGGUUCGACAUAUAUACCGGGGACAUUUACUAUUUCAGUAGACAGAGUAAAAAAUUUAUCGAAAUCAACGAGGUGAACAUUGAAAAAUUAGUGGAAGAGGUGGACAAAUAUUACAGUUGAACCGUUUGGUUAAUACUGUAUGCCAUUCAAAAUGCACAAACGAAACAAAAGGACUUAAAACUGGUCCUUUAAGUUUUUUCCUGACUUAUUUUGUAUUUUACUAUAUACAAACACACACAUUCCGUUGAAAAACAUUCCACGCAGGCAGUUGUUACCGUACUUAAAUUGUACACAUAUUAUUUAUUGUUGUAUUUCAUAGUUUUCUAAAUAUUCGUCCAAGUGAUUUUGAAUCUCUCGCAACAUAUAUUUAUUCGAGUGUUUCUUUUCUAACAACAUUAUUACUGUUACUUAUUAUAAUAUAUAAUUAUUGUUAUUCCAAUUUUUAUUGUUUAAUGAAAAAAUAAACAAACUAAUUUUUAUA